ACGCCUCUACUGUGGCUAUUCCUUAAUGUGAAUGUCUCUAUCGGCCACCAGGUUCAUAAAUAGUACUUAAGUUUCGGCAAGCAUCUCAAACAGAAAUCCGACUCAACAUGGCUUACACCGUUGCAGGUGGAACCAAGAAGAAAGUCUGCUACUACUAUGACGGUGACAUUGGCAAUUACUAUUAUGGACAAGGGCAUCCCAUGAAACCACACCGAAUUCGAAUGACCCACAACCUACUGUUGAACUAUGGACUGUACAGAAAAAUGGAAAUAUAUAGACCACACAAAGCCACUGCAGAGGAAAUUACCAAAUACCACAGUGACGAUUACAUCCAGUUCCUCCAAUCCAUACGACCAGACAACAUGUCAGAGUACAGCAAGCAAAUGCAGCGGUUUAAUGUUGGUGAGGAUUGUCCUGUAUUUGAUGGGUUGUUUGAGUUCUGCCAGUUGUCUACCGGUGGCUCUACUGCGGGAUCGGUGAAACUCAACAGGCAGCAGACGGACAUUGCGGUGAACUGGGCCGGGGGACUCCACCACGCUAAGAAGUCUGAGGCCUCUGGCUUUUGUUACGUCAAUGACAUUGUGUUGGCCAUUCUGGAACUCCUCAAGUACCAUCAGAGGGUACUGUACGUAGAUAUUGACAUCCACCAUGGGGAUGGAGUAGAGGAAGCCUUCUACACCACAGACAGGGUCAUGACUGUGUCCUUCCACAAAUACGGAGAGUACUUCCCCGGGACUGGAGACCUCAGGGAUAUUGGUGCAGGAAAAGGCAAAUACUACGCUGUCAACUUCCCCCUGAGGGACGGCGUUGACGAUGAGUCGUAUGAGCUGAUCUUCAAGCCUGUGAUGGCCAAGGUGAUGGAGAUGUACCAGCCCAGUGCAGUGGUUCUGCAAUGUGGAGCAGACUCCCUCUCAGGAGACCGACUGGGCUGCUUCAACCUUACCAUCCGCGGCCAUGCUAAGUGUGUUGAGUACAUUAAGUCGUUCAACCUUCCCCUACUAAUGCUGGGUGGCGGAGGUUACACCAUCCGCAACGUGGCCCGCUGCUGGACCUACGAGACUGCCGUGGCUCUGGAUACUGAGAUCCCUGACGAACUGCCAUACAAUGAUUACUUUGAAUACUUUGGGCCUGACUUCAAGUUGCACAUCAGCCCAUCCAACAUGACCAACCAGAACACGUUGGAGUACAUGGAUAAGAUCAAGCAGCGUCUGUUUGAGAACUUGCGGAUGCUACCUCACGCCCCGGGAGUGCAGAUGCAGACGGUCCCUGAAGACGCCAUCACUGACGAUACGGUGGAUGAGGAUGCAGAGGACCCCGACAAACGCAUGUCCAUCCGUGCUUCAGACAAGAGGAUAGCCUGCGACGAGGAGUUCUCCGACUCUGAGGACGAGGGAGAGGGAGGAAGGAGGAACGAAGCCAAUCACAAGAAAGGAACAAAACGGACUCGAGUUGAGGAGGGAGACAAAGAGAAAGUUGAGGUGGAGAAAUCGAAGGAAACAAGCACUGAGAACUGACAUAAAGGCAGCUAAGCAUAAUUGUGGCACCCUGCCACUGUUUGUACAGUUUUAAAAGGAGGUCAUGAAUUCCUGUCAGCCCUCAUUUGUGCAGUGCUGCAAGAUCCAAAACAAUUAUGAUAAUCUCGGGGGGGGGAGUACAGACCAUUGUAAUCUCUCAUCCUCCCCUUUAUCACAAUAAAGACUUCAUAAUUACGU